AUGGCGUCGACCGUUGAACUUGCAUCCUCUUUCAUCGAGGGUGCCCCGCCAGGCGAGCUCCACGAUGUCGUUGCCGACAUCAAGGCCCUUACCUCCGAUGGCGACGAUAUCACUCCUUCCUUAGCGCCCGCAUUCGAACGAUAUAACGAGUCACAGCUGACGACCGUGAAGCUACCCGGAGCUAGUCAGGAGGUUAUCGUGAGCGAAUUCAACAAGCUGGAGGACAACAGAUACUUUGACGUCGAGAGCCAGACGUCGUUCGAGGUCGACCACAUUACACAGGAAGCAUCUGCGGCGCAAUCAUAUGUCCUGGAGUCGCAGAAUGCCGAUUUGAUAAAAUCCCUCCUCAAAGCAGUGAGCGCACAUGCCAGCGAACAUUACCCGUCUUCCUCGUAUGGUGUCUACCCGACUGCCGAUGAUUCCGCCGUGGCCAUUUUACUCGUCGCGAACCGCUACUCCCCUAACAACUUCUGGAAUGGCCGCUUCCGCUCCAUCUACGAGGUCUCCCUGGCAGACUCCGCCACCAUCACCGGCAAAAUCCACGUCGACGUGCACUACUACGAAGACGGCAACGUCGCCUUGAACACGACAAAGCCCAUCAGCAUCACCGUCCCUAGCGCCAGCGCCGAGAGCAUAGUUUCCCGCAUUACGACUGCCGAGCGCAACUAUCAGGAGGAGCUCAACAAGGCAUUUGGACAGAUGGCCGAGGGUGCCUUCAAGUCCCUGCGGAGACAGCUACCUAUAACGCGGCAGAAGGUCGAGUGGGAGAAGGUUGGCGGGUAUCGGUUGGGUCAGGAUAUUUCUGGUGGGAAGGGGCGGUAG